AUGCAGGAUCUGCGAGGUAUUCUGAGCCUUCUUCUGAUCCAGCUGCUGGGUCACUCCCAGGAGGCACCCAUUGCUGUGCCCACAUUAAUUGGGCAGACCCAUGAUCUGUUGCUCCUCCUGCAGGAGAAAGCCUCCUCUCUGCUGAGCACCUACCUCACAGCAAUGGGCCUCCCAUUCUCUGAGCCAGGUUUCAGCCUCCCAGACAUGACCAUCAUCGGGCUGCCCUCACCCUCCAUCGGGUACCUGGCCUGGCGCAGGCUGACAGACGGCCAGCGCCUUUCGGAAAACUACCGGGUCUACAGCCUGCAACUGGAGUACCUGCAGCUGGUGCAGGACGACCUGCAGGCCCUAGGCCUGGGGCAGAGCUCCGGGAAGCUGACCGAGCAGCUCACCAACUGCCAGACACAGAUCCAGGGCCUCCUAGCCAACCUGCACUCCCUGCUGGAGGCCCUGGCUCAGCCCCUUCCUGCCAUUGGCGAGCCCCUGGACUCCAGGGCUUAUAGGACCUCCGACUUCGAGAGGAAGCUCAGGGGGUAUGUCAUCUGCCGGGAGUACGUGCGCUGGAUCGACCGGACACUGCGGGAUUUCGCACUCCUCUCUGACAGUGUCUCCGCCUGA